UGGGGGGUGAUAUAUGCGAUGAGAUAUAGUAUAGGAGUCGUCAAGACCUAGGUCAGGAGUGCGAUAGUGUUCGAGUCUUGGAAAGAAUUAGUAAGGGUUUCAUUUCAUAUCAUAUCAUUCAAAGGGUUGUCUUCGUGCUCCGUCAGGGACGGCUUCCUCCUGUUCGUACGCCCCUUAAUCUUCUUCCAUCUUUGCCAUUGCCAGAGUAUCGUUUCAUAAAUCAUCACCGCCCAUCUCGAUUGUUGGAUGUUUUUUUCUUUCUCUCUUUCUGGGGAGAUAAAGUGAAGAACGCGUAAGUUGGAAGUCCUUCAAUCCAGAACCCCAGAGCCAGAGAGAUUGGCCAGGAGGGAUUUAUCAAUCUGGUGACGUCCUGCUAUUUUGAAAUAUAGAACCUUGGGAAGGUUUGGUCAAAUCGGAUAUGGCAGGACAAGGAGUGGCGGUAAUGGACCCUGCGGUGCUAGACGACUUAAUUAAACGGUUGACAGAGGUCCGAUCAGCCAGACCUGGCAGGCGGGUCCAGCUCUCUGAGGCUGAGAUUAAGCAGCUCUGUCUUGCCUCUCGUGAGGUCUUCCUUCAGCAGCCCAAUUUGCUCGAGCUAGAGGCUCCCAUUAAGAUUUGCGGUGAUAUUCAUGGGCAAUACAGUGAUUUGUUGCGGCUUUUCGAGUAUGGAGGUUUUCCACCUGAGGCCAACUAUUUAUUCUUAGGAGACUAUGUUGAUCGUGGCAAACAAAGCUUGGAGACUAUAUGCCUCUUGCUUGCCUACAAGAUUAAAUACCCGGAGAACUUUUUCCUUCUGAGAGGAAAUCAUGAAUGUGCUUCUAUAAACCGCAUUUAUGGGUUCUAUGAUGAAUGCAAAAGACGUUUCAAUGUGAGGCUUUGGAAAUCUUUCACCGACGCUUUUAAUUGCCUUCCCGUCGCGGCUCUUAUAGAUGACAAGAUAUUAUGUAUGCAUGGUGGUCUUUCUCCUGAUUUGACACAUUUAGACCAAAUCAGAAUCUUGCCUCGGCCAACUGCUCUUCCGGACACUGGUUUGCUGUGUGAUUUGUUAUGGUCAGACCCUGCUAGAGAUGUGAAAGGGUGGGGAAUGAAUGACAGAGGGGUUUCAUAUACCUUCGGCCCUGAUAAGGUAUCUGAGUUCUUGAACAAGCAUGAUUUGGACCUUGUCUGCCGUGCACAUCAGGUUGUAGAGGAUGGAUAUGAGUUCUUUGCUGAAAGGCAACUUGUGACCAUAUUCUCAGCUCCCAAUUAUUGUGGCGAAUUCGAUAAUGCUGGUGCGAUGAUGAGUGUCGAUGAAGACCUGAUGUGCUCCUUUCAGAUUUUGAAACCUGCAUGAUGUCAAACAAAAUAUGACGGUGGGCUGAAACUUGAACACUUGGUCUUGAGCCUUGAUGGAGGUCAGCUAUACACUCUUGUCUCAUUUGAUUCAUCUAAUUAUUUAUACCUUGUCCUCGUUUACCGUUGGGUAGUGGUAUUCUUUCUUUCUUGCUCUGAGUGAUAUAUGGGGUUUGUUUUCCGUGUGCAUAGAAGUGGUGAUAGUUGAAUUCCCCUGUCUGGUUCGUUCGUUGAAUUGCUUUAUAUUUAUUUGUUGCACACCAGGCCAUUUUUCAAUAUGAACGGACGUAUGGGGACUUGGAAUAAUUGUUUAUCUUAUAUCUUCGUCAACAUAUAUUACUAUGCAACGGGUUGAUUUCAGAACUCGUACACAAAAAGAUGUUCUGCCGUUUAUUUUCCAGUAUUAUGAAGACAACAAUGUGGACCAUUCACAUCUCGAUUUAUAGCACGCGGAUCGAGUAAAUUGGGUCUAAGAGAGUCACUUUUUCAGGAUUUCAGAAUUUCCUGAUCAGUCUCGAGACACUUCAAACUGUAUACCUGUUUGGGCCUGCCACACACAGUAGCCAAAUGUUAAUAGUGUAGGAUGCCAGUUAGUGAAUAAUAUCUGCCACCACUGGUGUUUUCUACUAUGCGCGCACUUUACUAGAGCAGUCGAGGUGCCAGUCGGCGAAUAAUAUCUGUCGUUGGGUUUCAUCCCACGACCUGCUUCCUCAGCAGCCUUGCCUUAUUUCUCAAUACCUCUAAACUUUGCAGGGUAGGGGUAGUAGUUGAAGUUGAAAUGGCUGUUCUGUGUGUUCAGUUCAGACCAGACCAGAUGAAAUAAGUACCAAGGCCAGGGUGUGCAAUCACCAACUUAGUUUGGUACGCCAAGCAAGGGAGGGACAGUUCUCCAUUUUCGAGUAUCUUUCGGGUUGUACAUAUCUACAGGCUGCUAAUUGAAAUCAAUCUUUUUUUGCUGUACACGAAGGGGUGAGGGGUCUGUCUGCCGUCCGAGGCUUAGCCACCUUUGAAGUUGCUAAUUUCUUAUGUUUUUCUGCUGUAGAUCCUGUGACUUCUGUGUUGUUUCUACGUCUUGUUGGCAUUUGUUAAUCUUUCUCAGUCUGGCAUGAAGAUGACUAUUUGUUGAGCCAGCCGUUCACUGUUUUGCUGCAGGCGCCAUCCAGCAGCUUCUAACUCCCAUUGGUGACCCCGACGGCUGCUGUGUAGACUUUUUUUCCUCUUAAUUUUGUGUUUUCGAUUAGUCUGUAAUCUUAUUGUAUUGUGCCAUUUUGGAGUUCUCAGAAGUGGUAUUAGUCUUAAGUAGGGAUUGUUUGGUUGAUUUCUACUGGUGGACAAAAGACAAUUCUACUAGUAAUUGUGGAUGUGGAUGAUCGUAUUCACAAGCGGCAAGAGCCUAAACAACAAACUUCAAAUCACUGUCUUAUCAAUCAAAUAAGAGGGCUUUGAGGACUAUCCUACGCAAAUCAAGAAAUAACAAAAAUUAACUAGUGGGAGA